AUGGCUGAAGUCGGCGAGGAGGAUGGGGAGCAGGACAUAGAAGGCGUAUCAACAGGUUCUGUUUCGGAUGACGAGGGCAACAUUGUGGUGGCGCUGAGAGUUGCUUCGAGAGAUCAUGCAGAGGACGAAGACGAAGACAUGAAGGAUAGCCAACCCGAAAGAGAGUCCUCCUUAGAUUCCAAGUUAUCUUCGAGCAUUCUGGAAGAGCUGAGCCAUUCUCCAACGCCCCCUCCGCCCGUCGUUGAGCCCCAGACGUCCGUCACUACGCGACGCAUUUCCAAGAGGACACGAGCAUCYCAGGCUGAGGUGCCUCAGGUACCGCCGGCAUCACCGAAGGUCAUCGUGAAGAGAGUUCCUGAUGCAAGGCGUAAGAUUACGGGAAUGACUAGCAAGCACUUCUCUAAGUCAAAGCGAUCGGAGGACCCGCUGACGAUGCCACGGCAAAGUAAGCGAACAGCGGCACAACGAGAUUCUAGGGUGGAGAACCCAGUACAAUCUCGGAUGUCUUCUCAAUAUGAUGCGACUUGGGUACACGCAGACGAUGAGUUUGAUGGCGAUGAGAUCCAGGUGGCUUCUCGGCGUCGGUCCACUCGACAAGAAACUCCUUCAGACGAAACCCACGGAGAGACUCGACCGAUCGCAUACGUUGACCUGACAGGCGAGACUUUGUCUCUACCGAAGCCAGUUCCUCGGAGUUCUCCGCCCAAAGCCAGUGAUGAUCCGCUGGACCACCUGGAAAAGUUGCUGAAAACCCCGAACUUUGCAAAAUCCAAAGAGGCGGUGCCAGCAUCAAGUGCCAUCGAAGAGCAUGAAACGUCUACCUCAGCCAAAGGUGUGAAAGAGGAGCAGGAAUCCAAGGAAUCGGCCCCAAUCACUCCUAGCAGACCAAAGCGCGCGCCGAAGAAAACCACCGGCACAAAGUCCCCACACUUCAUCACAGACCGCGUGGAUCUUUAUAACACAACUUCUUCCUCGCGCCGGGCUCCCGCAGGAACAUCCAUCGUCCCCGUCCCAGCUCUGACUGCCUCAGCCUUCGGCAUCAUCCAAGAGAAACUCUGGGACGAGCCAUUCUGGCUUCUUAUUGCCGUAACAUUUCUCAACAAGACCACCGGCCGCGCCGCUGUGCCCAUCUUCUGGAAAGUCAAGAAACUCUUCCCGACCCCCGAGCAGCUCGCAGAAGCGAACCCUGAAGCGCUUCUGGAGAUGGUCAAGACGCUUGGUUUACAGAACGCUAGAAGUAAGAGGCUGAUUACCAUGGCUAAGGCUUGGGUUGCGUCACCUCCUGUCAAAGGCAUGACGUACAGAACGUUGAACUAUCCACUACAAGGAGACGGCAGGGCCAGAGAAGUUCCGGAUAUUGCUGAAGAGGAUAUUGAAGUUUGCAAAGGGAGUAUCGAGAUUGGGCAUAUGCCGGGAUGUGGAGCGUAUGCUUACGAUAGUUGGAGGGUAUUCUGUCGUGAUGUCUUCAGGGGCGUUGCAAAGGACUACGAUGGGAAGGGAGCAGAAGGUGGCAACAAAGGUGGAUUCGAGGCGGAGUGGAAGAGGGUCUUGCCUGGGGAUAAGGAGCUCAGGGCUUGUCUCAGGUGGAUGUGGAUGCGGGAGGGUUGGGUGUGGAAUCCGCUGAGUGGAGAAAAGAGGCUUGCAAGUCCCGAGGAGCUGGAGCUGGCGAAGAAUGGGGAGAUGUGCAUUKAGGAUGAGGGCGAGAGAAAGUUUGCUAAACAGGCUGUUGGGGUGGAUGUUUCGUCCCCGGUCAAGGGAGAGGAUGCGGGGGAUGUGCUGUACUAG